CUCACAAUUUCUUCCAUUUCAUUUUCAACUGCAGGUUGGCUACGUUUCCCACUCAGUCAUGUCUUAUGUCUUUGUAAAUGAUUCUUCACAAACAAGUGUGCCUCUGCUACAAGCUUGCAUUGAUGGAGAUUUUAACUAUUCAAAAAGGCUGUUGGAGAGUGGCUUUGACCCAAACAUCCGGGACAACCGUGGCCGAACAGGUCUUCACUUAGCAGCAGCUCGAGGAAAUGUUGAUAUUGCUCAGUUGUUGCACAAAUUUGGGGGUGAUCUCUUGGCCACAGAUUACCAAGGUAACACAGCCCUUCACCUGUGUGGACAUGUUGAUACCAUUCAAUUCCUUGUCUCCAAUGGACUCAAGAUAGAUAUUUGCAAUCAUCAAGGUGCAACACCUCUUGUCCUGGCAAAACGAAGAGGAGUAAAUAAAGAUGUGAUUCGAUUGCUUGAAUCUUUGGAAGAGCAAGAAGUGAAAGGGUUCAACAGAGGAGCACACUCAAAGCUGGAAACAAUGCAGACUGCUGAAAGUGAAAGUGCCAUGGAAAGCCACUCUCUCCUCAACCCCAACCUGCAACAAGGGGAAGGUGUUCUUUCCAGCUUCCGAACAACAUGGGAAGAAUUUGUAGAGGACCUUGGCUUAUGGCGAGUGCUGCUUUUGCUCGUGGUCAUUGCUUUGCUGUCUCUUGGAAUUGCAUACUACGUUAGCGGAGUGCUUCCCUUUGUGGAAAACCAGCCAGAGUUGCUGCAUUAAAGGCAGCGUAAAUUAAUAGUGUUCUUACUACUAUUUGUAACUUCUCACUUUGUUCUCUGUUAGGCAGGUGUUGGCAGCUGCAUGUAAUGUUUGUACACACCACCCCUCCCCACCCCCACACACUAUAAAGAAGCCCUUCCAAAAAUAAGGAUCCAUCAGCCUUAGCUACAUGUUACUGAGCUAAGGUACUCAUGAGCGACAUCUAACAUUUUCUUGGAUUAUCAUUAGUUGUAAUCUCUGCUGAUAAAAUAUGACAGUAGAAAGAAGCGAUGGAAAGUUUGUCCUUGAUGUGGUAGAUAUAUAUGAUCAGGAGACCAAUUUGUCAAAAUCUCUAAAAAAAAUUGUUGUUAUGGAAUCAGGUCUUUCACUGUGGGUCUUUAAAGGUGGUCACUUUUUACCAUUACAAGGAAUUUCCGAGGAAUUUUCUGCAGAUAGCUUUCUGCAGAAAAAUAAACUAAAUUAUAUUUCCUUACCUAUAUCCUUUUUUUCAAGAAGCAACACUUGAGAAUUUCCAUAAUUUUCACUUAAAAUGUUAACAGUUUUUCAUUUCUUUGGAACAAGAGCAAUAUGUAAUUUGGGAAGCAUCAGUACUUAUUGUUUCAAUAAGAACUAAAUAAAAAGUUUUUGGAGUUUUAGGGGUUUUUCUUCCAAUUGGGGAGAAACUCUCUUUUUCUUACAAGUUAGCAAAAAUUAUCUUGAUGGCUUGAAAAUUUGAGUAGAGAUAUUUUGCAAAACUUGUGAAAUGGUUUUCAUCCCUGUUCAAUAAAAAUUAGAAAAAACAUAUCUCAUAUUCCAUUAGGAGGCAUGUUUGUAGAAAGGUUUAUAUUGCCCUGAUAUUUAGAAAAAACUGUAAGCUUUGGGAUGAUUUUUUAAAGUAAUCUGAAAUUAAUUCAGUGUCCUAACAUCUUAAUGUAUGGAUUAUUGUAUAUGUAAACUGAGACCUGUCUUGAAACUAUACUUUGAAAUAAGUUAGUAAUAUACCUAAAUAUGAGAUCUGGUUAAUAUACUUGUUAAGAUUAUCUAACUAUGAUUGAUGUUUCAAGCACAUUAAUGGUGCAGGAGGCAAUGUGUCUAGUUUUCUGCUGAACCAAAAAUUCUCUGUGAGAAUGCAUCCCGAUGUACAAGAGCAUGCAUUGUCUAACAGAGUUGUAUUUAUAUCCAAGCAAGGGAGAAAAUUAUUGCUGAUCUUUCUUCUUCUAUAUCCCAAUAACUAAUUAAUAAACCAUGUUUAAAAUCUAGAAACUGAAGCAAAUAAUUGAUUAGUUUAUAUCACAGUGAGUAAGUUCUUCAUAUUCAUUCUGACAGCUGUCUGAAGAAAUGUAUCUUUGUGGCAAGUUGUAGUCUUCUGUGUAAAAUGUUUUGUGAUAUAUUUUGUUUUUCAUUUAACAUUGAAGGAAACAUUGGAAAUGGACUAUUUGUACCCCAGUUUUAGAAUCUCUUUUAAUGUGUUGUAUAGGACCAGCCAAAGUUCUAACUUUUUAAAUGCGUGUUGAUUUACAAGUAAUUUAGCAUUUCUUUUCUUGAAGAUUAUAGGAUCUUUUUAAAAUAAUAAACAGCAAAUUCAAGAGGACUGCAAACAUGAACAGAUUAACUACUCAAAAGUUAAUUCAGCAGAAAUAUGAUAUAAACAGGGGAACUGUAAGUUUUGAGGGUCUUUUUCUAAAACAUAAACAUCCAUGUUAUGGUAUUUCUUUUCUAUUUUGCACUGUAUAACUAUUAAUUAUUAACUGUAUUCUAAGCAUGCCAAGGUGUUCCAAAUAAACAUGUAGAAGCUA